UUUCUCAUUCAGAGUUUCUGGGUACACAUCUUGGACAAGUCUCUCUCUCUCUCUCUCUCUCUCUCUCUCUAGGGCUUUGCACUCAGUGAGUAUCUAUCUUUCUCUAGGCUUUCACAAAUUUGGUUAUAGUUUUGGUGCUGACAUAGAAAAGGAGGAUAAGCUAGCUACAAAGAUAGAAGAUGCAAGAAAAGCAAAGAAAAUAUUGAGGAGAUCAUAAGCUUUGGUGUUUGGGUAGGCAAAAGAAAUUGGUAUAUUAAAGAAGAAAAAAGGGAAAGAAAAAUUGAAGGGUGUGGUUGGGGGGUGUGUGUGGAUAAGACUAGUUUUACAAUUAAGGAAAAUGGGGAGGGGAAGAGUGGAGCUGAAGAGAAUAGAGAACAAGAUAAACAGGCAAGUCACAUUUGCAAAGAGAAGAAAUGGGCUCUUAAAGAAAGCUUAUGAGCUCUCUGUUCUCUGUGAUGCUGAGGUUGCUCUCAUCAUCUUCUCUAACCGUGGCAAGCUCUAUGAGUUCUGCAGCAGCUCCAGCAUACUCAAAACCCUUGAAAGGUACCAAAAAUGUAGCUAUGGUGCAAUGGAAGUCAACGAACCUGCCAAGGAACUUGAGCAGAGCAGCUAUCGUGAAUACUUGAAACUGAAAACUAGAUGCGAGUCACUUCAACGAACUCAGAGAAACCUUCUUGGAGAAGACUUGGGCCCAUUAAACACGAAGGAGCUUGAGCAGCUUGAGCGUCAGCUAGAGUCCUCCUUGAAGCAUGUUAGGUCUACAAAGACCCAGUCUAUGCUCGAUCAGCUUUCUGACCUUCAGAGCAAGGAACAUAUGCUAAUAGAAGCCAACAGAGAUUUGACAAUGAAGUUGGAUGAAAUUAAUUCAGGAACUCAACUUAGACAAACAUGGGAACGUGGUCAUGCUCACCAGACUAUGCUAUAUGGAACUCAACAUGCUCAAACCCAGGGUCUUAUGUUCCAGCCUUUAGAUUGCAAUCCCACCUUGCAAAUAGGGUACAACGCUGUGGGGUCACAGCAUAUGACUGCAGCCACACCAGCCCCUACUCAACCAGUCAAUGGUUUCAUUCCUGGUUGGAUGCUCUGAGAAUUGAGAAUUUGAGAUAGCAGCAGCAGCCUAGCAGAUCUGCUAUGGCCUAAAUAUUAGUGAUCAUUGUUAAAAAUCUAGCAUCAUCAUAAUAAGUCCCUGUUUCACUGAACUUGUUCACAAGGGUUUUGCCUUGGAAAGCCUUACAGCCCUUUUAAUUCAUCACUUCUACAAAACGGCAUUCAUGAACUGUGGUUGCAUUAUUUGUAUAAAUCCUAUUUCAAUAUGCUUAUCACUAUCCUCAUCCUCAAUGGCCAAAAGACCAGUUUACUGAGAA